UCACCAUAGCGACAGUGUUUGUAUCAGAAACAGUCACCAAUAUAAACAUAAAACUGUAAACCAGAAUAUUUCAUUAGUAAAAAGUAGUAAAAUGCCUAUUUUUGGCAAAUUUACUUCUAAAAAGAAUCCAGUGCGCAAGCCAGCUUUGCAAACAAAAGAGGAAACGGACGAAUUGUUCUUAGAAAAUCGUGCAAUUCCAUUGAAACUCGGAGAACAUGAAGUUGUGUUUGAAAAUGGCAUUUGGUCACCAGAUGAUGACAAUACGAAUACUCUUCAUAAAACAAUUCAAGCAUUGAAAGCAAGCCAACAAGAACUUCUGGAAGCAAACAAUAUGUUGCAAUUAAAAAAUGCAAUUUUACUAAAUAUGUUAACUCAAGCUACAGCUGAUUGUCACACAAGACAAAAAGAAAUCGAAAAACUACAGAAAACCAAAACUAAAUAAUUGAAGUUUCAAAGAUAACAUUAAGUUUUCAAUAAAACGUUUAUUCUAAGUA